AUGGUCGCGCUGCGCAUGCUCCUACCCGCGAUGGCCGUCGCGUCCGCUGGCGCCGCCACGCAUGGCCUCGUCGGCGGCUGGUCCCAAACCUCCAUUGAAGACGCCAAGCCCGCGCUGUACGGCGCCUUCCAGAACGCGAGCUCGGCGUUCGUGUGCGUCACGGGCAUCUCGUCGGUCCAAAAGCAGGUCGUCGCCGGCAUCAACUACAAGUUCCACGUCGUGGGCUGCCCCGUGAACAACAAGGCCAAGACGCUCGAGUCGUGCCCGGCCACCUUUUGCCCGCCGACCGAUAAGGACCAGAUCAACUACGAGAUCGACGUAUUUGCGCCGCUAAGCUCGAACGCGUUUGAGCUCAAGGCCGUCGCGAUGGAGGACGCGCCGCCCGAGGUGCUCGUCGGUGGCUGGAAAGAAGGCGACAUUGACGACGCGGCCGACGACCUCUACAAUGGCCUCUCGCAAGAAACGUCGUACAAGAACCACAACACGGCGCAUGUCUGCGUCACGUCGAUCGAGCACGUCCACCAGCAAGUGGUCUCGGGCAUGAACUACCGCUUCGAUGUGCUCGGCUGUCAAGUGCCCAACGCGGUCGCAGCCACGCGCGGCUGCAGCUGUGCGUCGUCAUCGGCCUUCAAGAUUGGUCUCUACGCGCAGUCGUGGACACAUACGUACGAGGUGCUCUCGGUCGAGUCGGCGGCGCCGCUUGCCGGCAGCUGGAAGCACGCCGAGAUGAACAGCGAAGCCAAAGACGACUUUUAUAACGCGCUGACGAACGACACGUCGCACGCCCAUGUCUGCGUCUCGUCGUUCUUAUCGGUCGCGAGCCAGGUUGUCGCAGGCACGCAGUACCGCUUCAACGUCGAAGGCUGCGCCUCGUAUCUGAUUUCCAUCUAUGUGCAGCCGUGGACGCGUACGUACGAAGUGAUCCACGUCUACGAAGAGUCGCAGCUCCUCCAGCUCGUGACGCAGUGGAUCAGCGCCAACGACCGCAACCAGUUUGGCGACGCAAAGGACACUUCAUACCUCGGUGGCACGCCGCUCAUGAACGAGCUAACUGGUGAGAGCAUGACGCUGCUCGAGUACGUGACCCAGCAACAUCCGGACUUGCCGUGGCUCGCCGACAAGCAGGUGGUGUCGCUCCGCCUCAACCACGCUGCGAUCUCGUCUGUGGACGCCGCCGCCAAGCCGCUCGCCGUCAUUGGUCUCGUCGUGAGCUGCAUCCUCGUCGUCUCGCUCGUCGUCCUGCACAAGCACUCGCGUCAGCGCACCAAGACGUACGAGCAGCUGCAGACCGAACAUUAA